AUGGCGAACGCAAAUCCAAACAGCCCCUUAGCUGGUGAAGGCAUUCGUGAGAGAGUGCCUACACUUGCUAAGUCAAUGAUUUCAACAUCAACGGACGAUGCACAGAACACUGUUAAGUCACUCAACGAAAAGGAAGCCGACAAAGACGAGACCAAGAAGAGAACCUAUGGCAGAACGCCAGGUGGUAAAGUAUUUGUGGUGCCGCAGACACAUGAUAUGGUCUCACAGCUUUUGUCUCCUACUCAACCGAAGAAUGUCUCCGACAUAGCCAUUUUGACAGUGCUUGCAUGCCAUGUCGCGAUGCUCUACUUCCUUCCAGACCCAGUUCGUAUCCCUAUUCUCGCCAUCAUCUUCCUUUUCUGGCGCGCCGCCUACAACGCCGGCAUCGGUUGGCUACUCAAUAUACAGUCCAACCACAAGCGCCUUACCACAUGGGCUCGCAAGUACAAUGUCUUUGACGACUCAAGAUCUGGCAAGAACCCACGUCCUUGGCUCUACAAUCAACUGAAACGUGAAAUGGAAACCAAGAUCGCCCACGAUUACAAAUUCGAAGAGGCUCCACUUGAGUACAACACAUGGUUGGUGUUCAGGAGAGUCGUCGAUCUGAUCUUGAUGUCCGACUUUGUCGCCUAUUGCUGUUUUGCUAUCGCUUGCGGCGGCCGUCCCUAUGGUGAGAACAUUGCAAUGACCAUCGCUCGCUGGACAUGUGGCUUAGCCCUCGUCGCUUUCAACCUCUGGGUCAAGCUAGAUGCUCAUAGAGUCGUCAAAGACUACGCCUGGUACUGGGGUGACUUCUUCUACCUCAUCGAUCAAGAACUCACCUUUGACGGCGUCUUCGAGAUGGCUCCUCAUCCUAUGUACUCUGUGGGCUAUGUCGGAUUCUACGGCAUUUCGUUGAUGGCUGCCAGCUAUAAGGUGCUCUUCAUCUCCAUCGUCGCACAUGCUGCCCAAUUCGCCUUUUUGACCAUUGUUGAGAACCCGCAUAUCGAAAAGACAUACAAUCCACCAGCGCCCAAGAAAAGAAGAGAAUCCGAGAGCGACAGAGAACCCCCCAAAAGCGCCACACCCGACUCCGGUCAUAUCAACGGAUACCCACCCAUAGCGACAACAGAAAAGCCGUCUUCCGUCCACAACAUCCUUGGCCUUCACAACAUGGACCUUCAUCGUAUCACAGAUAUAUCCGUCCUGCUCAUGCAAGCUUAUCUCUUUAGUGUUGCGUUCUUGACUCCAUCAACUACCUUGUGGCAGAUCGCCUUUGUCGUCAAUGCGGUAGCUUGGCGACUGUGGUACUCUCUCGGCAUCGGCUAUAUUCUUGAUCGUCAGUCGAAUAAGAAGAAGUGGGCUCGGCACUUUGUCAAGUAUGGUGAAAGUACAGAAGAAGCGUGGAGACAGUGGAAAGGACUGUAUCAUCUGAGUAUGAGCAUGUGUACUGCAAGCUUCCUCUGUGCGGCUCUUAAAAUGUACAAUCUACCACCGGACUGGACCUAUGGUCUGGCUCUCCUCCGACACGUACUCGGUAUGGCUCUGGUCGCUCUUCAAGUGUGGACGAGUAUCAGCGUCUACGAAUCUCUCGGCGAGUUUGGAUGGUUCUUUGGCGAUUUCUUCUUCGAUCAUGCAUCUCAACUCACCUACGGCGGCAUCUACAGAUUCCUCAAUAACCCUGAGAGAGUGCUUGGAUUGGCAGGUCUAUGGGGUGUUGCAUUGAUCACGUGGAGCAAGACAAUCUUCUUCCUUGCUUUGUUGAGCCAUCUCCUUACACUCGUCUUUAUUCAAUUUGUGGAGCGUCCUCACAUGGAGAAGCUGUAUGGCCAGUCUUUACGUCAGGAUUCUGGAUUGUCCAAAAGCCUCAAGAGAUCUCUUCCGUCGCCACUCAAGCAAUGGCAAGGCAGCGUCGAUAGGGUGCUUGAAGACUCGAUGGACUUCCUCGAAGAGUUCAUCGACUCGGCAAGGCCCAAACUCGCAGCCGGUAUGGAUACCUUCGUCAGAGACACUCGCACUCUUUUCAAGAACUACCCUACUCGUAUCAGUAUCACACGUCUUGCUCCCGAUCUUGCCGGCUACGAUCCCAAGGACUAUUCCAUUGAGAUUGAAGGCACCCCGUCAUCUGGUAACUCUGAAUUCGAACGCUAUAGUGGGCGUGAAGGCGAGAUUGGUCAGGUCCCUCAACAACGUGUUGACAAGUACAAGAGUCUCACUUUCGAAUAUGGCGCCCCGAUCAAGGUCCGCUGGCAAGCUCCUGCAAAUCACCGUCAAAACGACUGGAUUGGUCUGUACAUGGUUGCCGACAACUCGUCUCGCGACGUCACUCGUGUAGGCUCUCAAGGCCGCUGGACCGCCACCACGAAGGGUGUCUACGACUCCUUGACUGCCGAGACUGGGCUUCUUGUUUCGUCCCACUCGACCACGAAAGACGGUAAACAAUACGCAAACGGAGAGAUGGAGUUCUCAGGCGACAAACUGUGGUGGACACACGGCGUCUUUGAGUUCCGCUACCACCACGAUGGAAAGCACAACGUCAUGGCCACUUCUCUACCCUUCGAGAUCCGCAUCGGAAGAUUCGACGAAGACGACGUUCAGUUUGACAACAUCAAUCUGGCACGCUCUGCUGUCGAGCAAGCUCUUCUGCCUGUUGUUCAGAACUGCUUCGAUCGUGACUCGGAGGUUGCUCCUCGUACUGCUGACGACAUGUUUGGUGACGGAUUGGAACGAGAGGGCAGAUAUGCUAGACGUGUCGUCUUUGCUAUUCAUCAGAUGUUUGGUAUCGAGUUUGCGCCUGAAGUCGUCUUGGCUGAUGGCAGUGUACAAAAUCUGGCUUGGAGAAUUUGCAAUGCGAAGAAAGUGCUUGCACCUUACAGUAUGACACCGAGUCGUGGCCGCUCAACCCCUGCCGAAUUUAAGGCUUGA